AUCUGAGCUGAUUCCACAUCGCUCGACUUGCAGGGCAGGUGCGACCGCGAGCGUAGCAUCAUUUGGUUCCCACACGUGCACCGCCUUCCACUUCCCUUCUGCCCUGUUCCACUCUCUUCGCCAAUUGCUUCCUUCCUGCUCUCUUCACCUUCCUCUUCAUUGCCUCUUUCCCUUUCCCAAUCGCUCUGGCCGUGCUUGUUCCAUCCCAUUGCCCCAUGUGAGAUUCAUCAGCCCUUCACCCAACCGCCCAUCCUUUCGCCCAUCCUUUUCGAUCGUCGAGAUGCAGUCUGCCGGCAAUCCCGACACCGCCAGCUCGGGCAAUGGCGACAUCAGCCCCGACAGCAAUCUAGCCCUGUUGAAGAACCUGAGCAGCGAGAAGAAGCAGACCAAAGAUGGCCAACCGCCGAAGCGAAGAGGCCCGAAACCAGACAGCAAACCCGCGCUCACGCGGCGGCAAGAGCUCAAUCGACAGGCGCAGAGGACACACCGAGAACGCAAGGAGAUGUACAUCAAAGCCCUUGAGCAAGAAGUCCUCCGUCUCAAGGAAAUCUUCGCCGACACCACCCGCGAGCGCGACCGGGUGAUGGAGGAGAACACCCGUCUCAAGGCCAUUCUCGCCCAGCACGGCAUCUCGUAUGACUUUGGCGAGACUCCCGUCAAGUUCCAGCGGUCCAACAGCGGCUACAAUCCCAGCUCGAGCGGCAGCAUCUCCGGCAGUUACGCGCAAGUCUCGGAAAGCGGAGGCUACAGCCCCUCCGACCUGCCCAAUGCCCCUCCCUUGCCCAUGUCGCAUGACCAGAUGCCGCCGCUGCCCGCCGAUACUUCCAUGGCACAACAUCAGCACCAUCAACAUCAACAUCAGCAUCAGCAACACAUUGGCCGUGCCAACACCGCGCAGCUUCCCAGCCAUCAUCUCGACUAUGACCAGAUUGGCAUAGACUUUGUCUUGACACUUGAACGACCAUGCCUCGAGCAUAUGCAAUACCUGGUGGUGCGAUCCUUCAAUUCGGAUGAGCAACAAUUCCAUCAUCCCGCCGAAAACUCCACAGAUCGAGAGUACGACCACAUGUCCGGCCACGUCAUGAUGGCCACCUGUCCCCCUCUCUCCCACGUCCUCGAAAACCCCAACGAGCCCCAUCCCUGGGGUAUGCCAGACCUGGGCAUGCCCGACCUCACCAAACUGCUUAACCUGAGUGCGCGCCUACCGCUGAACCACGAUUCCGAAAUCACGCCCAUCAUGGCCUGGACGCAAAUAUACACCGAUCCGAGGGUUCGAGAUCUGACGGCAGAAGAUUUUGCCCGCAUGAAGAAGACGCUGGCGCCGAGAGUGCGAUGCUAUGGAUUCGGAGCAGUCAUUGAGUCCUUCGAGAUUGCAGACGUCCUCGAGGCAGUGUUGGGCGAGAAGGGUCAAGAUGACGAGAUGCUCAUCACAGCUACCAAUGAUGUGGUCGCUCCGGACCAUCCGGUGGGGAUGGCGUUUCCGCAGGAGAUUCAAGUUGCAUAGGGAAUUGAGCGAACAAGCAUGAUCUGGAGUCACAUGCAAGCGUGCUAAAAGUAUGGUUUCGAUGUCAAGGAUAUGAGUAUAUGAUCAGUGUCUUGGAAAGGCCACAUCUUCGGCGAGCGUAUUACAAUUACGAGAAAUUCUGCCAUUGGCAUAAGC